AUGUCGGCCACAGACGUGAAUGUCCCUUUCUUCAAAAAGAAGCGUGGUCGUCCUACCGCACAACGGCAACGCUCCGCUGAGCCUGCUGUCGCCGCCCAAACUGCUGCUUCGUCAUCUACAUCUGCUGUAGUGCUACCAACUCGCAAAGUUGGAAGUGGCGUACUUAGCGCAGGCUCUAAACGCACAUCCUCGCAGCGUCAGGAGGAUGACGACGAGGAACGGCGGGACGGGCCGAGCGUCAACUGGGGAGCCGCCGGCAGCAGCCAUCAGGAAGCCGCACGAGAGAUUCUGGCAGGCGACGAAGCGGAAGAGAUCCUAGCGAAGCGGAGGCGUGCCGAAAAUCCCGAAGACCCUACGGCCGUUCCAGACGACGGUCUAUAUCGCGGUCAGAAGGCGUACAAGUCCCAUCUGGAGAAGAACAAGGAUACGCCCAAGGCCCUGCGCGCAGGUCCUCAGCGAAAUACGGGAAGUACCAUAAAGACUGUGACUGUCAUUGAUUAUCAGCCGGAUGUAUGUAAGGACUACAAGGAGACCGGAUUCUGCGGGUUCGGCGACACAUGCAAGUUCUUACACGACCGUGGAACCUACCUUCAAGGAUGGCAGCUCGACAAACUGGCGGCCAACCCAAGCGGCAAGCGCAACGCGGGUGCGGAAGAGUCGUCUGAUAGCGACUCGGACGACGAGGAUAUCCCUUUCGCUUGCCUUAUCUGUCGCAAGCCGUAUACUGACCCUGUCGUGACCAAGUGCGGUCAUUACUUCUGCUCGGCAUGCGCCAUCAAGCGCUUCGGACGGACUCCCAAGUGCGCAGCAUGUGGUGCACCGACAGGCGGCAUGUUCAAUCGUGCGACCAACGUCCUGGACAAGAUCAAGAAGAUGAAGGAGAAGGCUGAGGGCAAAAAUAGCGACGGCGAAGGAGAGGAUGGUCCGGGUGGCGUUGGAGGUGUGCAAAUCGAGGGCCUCGCGAAUAAGGAUGGCUCGGAUUCGGACAGCGAUGACGAGUAG